AUGGAGUAUGAAGAGAUACUCUUUGGCUUACAACCUUUGAUAAAUGCUCCAGAUGCAUCUAGUAUAUCUAUUGAAGAUGUGUUUUUACAAAGCUAUCUUACCGUACUAGAUCAACUUGCUGUACAUCUUCGAGCCCCAUCAAAUAGAAAUUUGAUCCGGGAAACUGGACUUUUGACACAGCUUUUGAGAGUCCUAUACUCGCUUUUAGACCAUGCUUUUCAUCAAUCUCAUUCCACUCAGCAAUAUCUUCAGUUGUCCUCAGAGUUCAUACGAUGUGUGGCAAAUGCUUUGAUUGACAACGAUAAGAACCGUGAAUUAUUUUGGGAUGGGGAUUAUAACAAAAAGAAUGAAUUUAUAGACUACUAUGCUGGUAGGAUAUUUGGGCUUACCGACGAUACUGAAAAUACCAUUUCAUUACAAUCUAGAACAGUCGUUUUAAUUUCCAACUUGACUAUGGAUGACAAAAUGCAGUAUAAAAGAAUUGCUCCUAAAAUUCAACCGUCAUUAAUGAAGCUAAUGAUAUCAAUGAGGAGCAUUUUUUUGGAAGAGGAAUAUAAUAUGCUUGUUGGAAUUUCUUUUGACCUUUUGUCUGAAACUAUUGAGCAAUAUACGGACUUUUUGCCAUUGAAUUUUCUUGUUGGUCUCUCUCAUAUGAUGUUUAAUGUUUGCCAAAAUAUAAUUAAUGAAGAUAAUACAGAUAAACCUGAAAAUAAUGAUGAUGAGGUGACAGAAGAAGAGUUAUUUUUACCGAACUUGGCUCAGAAUAUAGCACAUUGUAUUUUCAUUGGCACUUGCUCAGAAAAAUACAACUUUUCAGACGAAAAAGCUACCUCUUCCAUUCAGCAUAAUCUUCUCAAAUCAUUGAAUACACUUAAUCAGAAGAAUUUUGAGAAUCAAUUGAUCACAAAUAGAGAGAUUCUUUCUUCUAUUGGAAAUAUAUCAAGCAACCUAUCAUAUACUAACGAGAAAGAUAUCCUAACUGCUAUUGAUAUUGUGAAAAGUCAAAACGAGGACGAAAAAUCACCAUAUGCUAUUGCAUCUGCACUUAUAAUUUUGUCAAACUAUAUAUCGAAUCCUGAAAAGGCAGAUGAAAUCAGGGGACUACUAGAUUGCACUCUUAUCAUUAACUCUUCAAAUGUUUUUAAGGAUCCUAUCCAGUUCCAAGGUUUCCUUACGUUACUCAGGAAAUUACUCAAGACUGAUAUUAUAAUGUUCACACCAAAACCCGAGCUAGAAAGAUUAGCUGGAAUUCUUGUUCUUUGUUAUGAUCAGUCGAAAUACUAUCAAGGUUUGAAACCUUUAUUGGAAAAACUACUCGAAAAGCUACUUGCAAUCAGCACUUCAAAAACAAUUUCUGACAUGAUCAAAUCCUCAAGAAGAUUUUAUGAAGUAAUCUCUGAUGGAGGCAUCAUAGCUUCAUGUCAGACUAUAGACAAACUCUCCAAAGUACAAAAAUCGAUAGAACCACUACAAUUAGAUGAAACAUUUUCGAAGAUUUUGAAUUAUUAUAAAGAAGCAAAAGCAGAAGAUAUGUUGAAAGAUCCCUUAUCUCUUUUCCAUAUUUUGAGAUCAGUGGGUAUCUAUCUUACAGAACUGAAUAUUCAAAAACAAGACGUGAUAUUUGAAAACUUCUCAGAUCAAAUUAUGAAAUUACUUGAAGUAUCUCUUUCCGUUAAGUCAUCUGAGGAUUCGGCUUCUAAAGCAGUGUGGAAUAAUGCAAGAUACCUUGCUGGAAUUGUGAUUGCUUCCAAGUCAAAUACUAUCCAGGAUACAUUAAAGGACCUUGCAAGAAGAUAUUUCUAA